AUGUGUGAAAGCUUGCGGAUUUUAGGCGCUCUUUGCAGAGUUGGAUUUUAUGCUUUGUAUAGACGAAUCUGCUGUAAAGGACCCUCCCCGGUGAGACCAAAUUUUUCUGUUCUUUGUAUCGGGCUGGAAAAUGCCGGUAAAAGCUCAGUACUGGCAACUCUGAGUGAAGAUGACCUGCACAAGGUUGAACCAACUAUUGGGUUUAGUAUCAAGGCAAUACUUUUUGACGACUGCAUUUUGGAAGUCAAAGAGUUAGGAGGUGGUGACAAGGUAUGUCCAUACUGGGAGAGAUACUAUCAAGUUUUCCAGGGAAUUAUUUUUGUGAUAGACAGCAGUUCAUCAGAUGAAAAACUUCACAUUGCCAAGACAGAACUGUAUAAAGCUGUCAGUCAUCACCAACUGAAAUCCAUACCAUUGUUAAUACUGGCCAAUUUUCAAGACAAGGAAGGGGCACGCAGCACAGAGGAGCUGACAAAUUACUUAGAAGCUAACACUGAGUUGAAGAAUCGCCAGUGGUUACUGAGAGGCUGCUCCAUUCAGAACAAGGAAGCUUUACAUCAAAUAUUUCAUGAGUUCAACGAGAUUCUCAUGAAGAACCUUGAUGACGAUAUUGAACAGCGCAAGAAUUCACCUCAGCAUGGCAACAGGUUAUGA